AAAUGCAUUUUUGACAAAACAACGGCAAGAAAUGGCGCAAACGAAAUCCACAGCAGCUAAGCGCCCCAGGCUGGACAACAGGCCGGCAAAUAUGCAAGAAGACGAUGAGACGCCAUCCGUGUUCAAUCCAAAGUAUCGGGUGUGUCCCUACCUGGACACGAUCAACCGCAAUCUGUUGGACUUUGAUUUCGAGAAGCUUUGCUCCGUUUCGCUGACGCGGAUUAAUGUGUACGCUUGCUUGGUGUGCGGCAAGUAUUUCCAGGGACGCGGCACCAACACGCACGCCUAUACGCAUUCGGUGGGCGAGGCGCAUCAUGUGUUCCUCAAUCUCCACACACUGAGAUUCUACUGCCUGCCGGACAACUACGAGAUCAUCGACUCGUCGCUGGACGACAUCAAAUACGUGCUAAACCCGACCUUCACCAAGCAGGAAAUAAGCAAACUCGACUUCGUCCUGCCGAAGCAGUCGCGCACCGUCGACGGCAUCCUCUAUCUGCCCGGCGUCGUCGGUCUGAACAACAUCAAAGCCAACGACUACUGUAACGUGGUGCUGCACGCCCUCUCGCACGUGGGCCCCCUGCGGGACUACUUCCUGCGCGAGCAGAGCUACGCAAAGAUCAAGCGGCCGCCGGGCGACUCGAUGUUCACCCUGGUGCAGCGCUUCGGCGAGCUGAUGCGAAAAAUGUGGAAUCCGCGCAACUUCAAGGCUCACGUCUCGCCGCACGAAAUGCUGCAGGCGGUGGUGCUGUGGUCGAGUAAGCGCUUUCAAAUAACAGAGCAGGGCGAUCCCAUUGAUUUUCUCUCCUGGUUCCUCAACACCCUCCAUCGUGCCCUCAAGGGCAACAAGCAACCCAACUCCUCCAUUCUGUAUAACAUCUUCCUCGGCGAAAUGCAGAUAUUUACGCGCAAAAUGCCGCCCGUAGAGCUGGACGACGCAGCCAAGGAGAAACUGCUCGCCACCGAGGAGUACCAGGAUCAGGUGGAGCACACAAACUUUAUCUAUCUCACCUGCGACCUGCCGCCGCCACCUCUGUUCACCGACGAGUUCCGCGAGAACAUCAUUCCGCAAGUGAAUCUCUACCAGCUGCUGGGCAAGUUCAAUGGCAGUGCCGAGAAGGAGUACAAAACCUACAAGGACAACUUCAUGAAACGCUUCGAGAUCACCCGAUUGCCGCAGUUCAUUAUCUUGUACAUUAAGCGGUUCACCAAGAACACGUUCUUCUUGGAGAAGAAUCCCACCAUUGUCAAUUUUCCCAUCAAGAACGUGGACUUUGGUGACAUCCUGGGCAUGCGCCAGAGGGACAAGGAUGUCAAGGAUACCAAAUACAAUCUGGUGGCGAACAUUGUCCACGAUGGUGACCCCAAGAAGGGCACUUAUCGCGCCCACAUUCUGCACAAGGCAAACGGGCAGUGGUACGAGAUGCAGGACUUGCAUGUCACUGAAAUCCUACCCCAGAUGAUCACCCUCACCGAGUCCUACAUUCAGAUCUACGAGCGCAGUUCGGAUCCCUCAUGAUCCAAGCGCUCAUGGUCCCUUUCUAGUUUAUUUUUUGUACUGAAAAUACCUCCAUACCACGAGCUAUAAUACAAGCUAUAGUCCAGACAGACCAGACUAUAAUAAACCCUUGUAUUUCUAUUCGA